AUGGAUUCCGAUAUGGCGGCCGCGUUGAGAAGGAGUGUGGAAAAUCACUUUUCUCCUCGAUCGAAUGGCGGCUCCGAGCCAAUUCCACUCAAGCUUCCGUUUAUAAUUGGUGUUGCCGGUGGAACUGCGUCGGGCAAGACGACUGUUUGCAAUAUGAUUAUCUCGCAGCUGCAUGAUCAACGGGUUGUUCUUGUCAAUCAGGAUGCAUUUUAUCGGUCACUGACUAAUGAGCAGUUACCAAUGGUCAGUGAGUACAACUUUGACCAUCCAGAUGCAUUUGAUACGGAGCUUCUGCUUUCGUGCAUGGAAAGACUAAGAUGUGGAAAAAAAGUUAGCAUACCCAACUAUAAUUUCAAGACUCAUCAAAGUGUAGAACCAGCCCGUAUGGUAAAUCCUUCUGAUGUUAUAAUUUUGGAAGGCAUCCUUGUUCUUCAUGACUCUCGUGUACGUGACCUUAUGAACAUGAAGAUCUUUGUCGAUACAGACUCCGAUGUACGUCUUGCAAGGAGAAUACAGCGUGACACUGUUGAGAGAGGGAGAAAUGUCGAGAAUGUCCUCGACCAGUAUGCUAAGUUUGUAAAGCCAAGUUUUGAGGAGUUCAUACUUCCAUCAAAGAAACAUGCUGAUGUCAUAAUCCCUCGAGGGGCGGAUAAUGAUGUGGCACUUGACUUGAUAGUGCAGCAUAUCCAUACGAAACUCGGCCAGCACGACCUCUGCAAAAUAUAUCCCAAUGUUUUCGUCAUUCAUUCGACAUUCCAGAUACGAGGAAUGCACACGCUUGUUAGGGAUGCCAAGACAACCAAACAUGAUUUUGUUUUCUAUGCAGACCGGCUCAUUCGCUUGGUCGUUGAACAUGGUUUGGGUCACCUUCCAUUCACUGAAAAACAGAUUAUUACUCCCACAGGAUCCAUAUACUGUGGAGUCGUUUUCUGCAAAAGACUGUGUGGCGUGUCGAUCAUUAGAAGUGGAGAAAGCAUGGAAAAUGCGCUGAGAGCAUGUUGCAAAGGUAUCAAAAUAGGCAAAAUCUUAAUCCACGGUGAAGGCAAUAAUGGUCGUCAGUUGAUCUACGAAAAGUUACCAUCAGAUAUUGCAAGUCGCCACGUGUUGCUGCUUGACCCUGUUCUCGCCUCAGGGAACUCGGCCAUUAAAGCAAUUUCUGUGCUGCUCAACAAGGGUGUCCCUGAAUCCAACAUAAUAUUCCUAAAUCUCAUUGCAGCUCCUGAAGGAAUACACACCGUCUGCAAGAAAUUCCCGAGGCUCAAGAUUGUAACAUCCGAGAUUGACAUGGCGCUCAACAAAGAAAUGAACGUUAUUCCGGGCAUGGGAGAAUUUGGUGAUCGCUACUUUGGGACGGGCAGUUCUUGGAGAGAAAUAGUGCCCAAAUGAUGCAUGUAUUGUUCGGGUUAUUUUGGUGCAGUGUAGUACUUGAUUCCUCAUUCAUAGUUUAAGCUUUUUGUACAACUUCAUUUAUUCAUAGUUG